GAGGGAGAUAGAGCACCCCUGGGACUGAGGACCGUCUUAGAUCUGUAGGUGAGGCCACCGAGAGAGGGUCUAGAGGUGGGAGCGUCGUAGAAGGGCCAGGAGACCACAGAGGGAAGGAGAGAGAGUUCUAGGGCCCUGGCAAGAAGUGAAAAUAAGAUGGCCUGAGCUUGAAGCCCAACCUUAAAAAUAUCGUACAAGUCUUUACCUGCCCACCUAGAACAGACAUCUCAAUUGAUACCCCCUUACAUGUUCUCUAGUAGUUGUGACUCCUGGAACCCAGUGGGUGGGACUGGCUAUUGUGCAAACCUGCACCUCUUUCCUUGGGACUGAUGGAAGUGAAUGGCACCAUCAUCUGCUUUACCCAGGGGCCUUCUGAAUUCUCUUGCAUUCUUCCACAUCCAGGGAUCUUCAGAUCCUUCAGUUUCCUUAAUGUGUCUUGAAUCUGCUCUUUCUUUGUCGGGUUUUUACUGAAGCCUCUAUCUUUUCACCUCCCAGCUUGGACAAACACAUUGUACCUAGUGCGAUCCGUUUAAUCCACAAAUCUGAUUAUGCCUUUGACUUUAAAAACCUUCCUUGACACCCACUCAUCAUUGAUAGAACUGAGUCCAAACACCUCAGUUUGAUAUUGAAGAUCCUUCAUAAACUACUUCGCUGCCUAAUCUUCGUGUACCUCACACUCCAGGGCUCCCAAGGUUUUCCCCAUUUCUUGAGAAGGCUGUUUGGUUUCCCACCCUUAUGUAUGCUGUUGUCUCUUUCAGAUACACUCCCUCCCCUCCCUAUUCUCUGUCAAGGGAGCUAUUCUUCCUUCAAGAACCAACUCAAAUGUUACUUUGUUCAGUUGCCUUAAGCAGAUAAAGUUUCCUCUCACCCCUAGCUCCCACAGAACUCUUUCCCACAUUUUGACCAUCAUUAUCUGUGCUUUUUUUUUUUUUCCUUUUUCUCUUUGACUAGACUGUCAGCAUCUCUAGGACAGGGACAGUUUCUGAGUCACCUCUGUUUCCCCACUGCCUAGUAAAUACUUGAUGAAUGUGUAACUAAAGACAAUCCCGGGUGAGCUUUGCUAUACCAGGCUUGAAAGGUGCUACUUCCGGUGGGUUUCUAGGGGCAUGAGUUUAGUCUUCUGCCUGUGAAGGCUGUUUUUGCUGGAAGCUGUUUCAUUGCCUAUGGUGCCUCUGGGAGUUUAAGCCAUGGGUGGCAAAUACGUGGAACGUGUGCUGCCAUUUCCGUUUCCUGUGCCUGGCAGACGUAGCUAAUUGGUCACAACACAUUCAUGUGGGAUUUCGAGUCCUCAGCACAGUUGAAUGCAAUUGGUGCUUUAAAUGGAACCUAUUUGCUUUCCCUGGUUUAUGUCUUUAAAUGGGAGGUCAGGCUACUUAAGCAAUAGCUUGGACCAUCAUCCAAAUGAGCUUGAAAGCCUUCGUGGAACUCCCAGUUUUUUUUUCCUUUGGAGGUCACAGACCAGUCUUGGCUUUUCCCAUGAGACUGGAGCAGAUCUCUUCCUACCCCACUGUUCACUGGGUGGGUUCUUGUCCACAUCCAUACUCACGACCCCAGGAGCCAGGAUGCCUCUGAGCUUCGCUGUGUUUGUAAAGGUAUCCUGAUUCUGACAGCAGCCAACACCAAUCUUCAUUACUUAGGAGAAUCUGUACCCUUUUUUUAGGGCUUCCUGGAGAUUGGAGGAGACCUUUUAGAUCACUCAGCUGAAAGCUGCCAAAAUGACAGCCCAUGCUGAAAGAAGCCUUCCAUCAUGCUAAUUUAAUCUUCAGGGUGUUUGAAACAAGUUUGAGUAGGUUGCCACCAUUUAAAAAUCUAGAGCUCUGAUCUAGAAAAAUUAGGUGGCCUGUGGACACUGAGCCAGCGGUCCCUCUGGUGUUCCCUAGGAGCACAGUCCCCACUCCACUCAUUUACUCACUGACAUUGCCUGGCCUCUAGCCAUUGAAAUUCGUAGCCACUGAUUUUAGUCUCCCCGUCCCUUUGCUCUACUCCCAUUGUACUAAGUGGGGAACCUGGGCAACUGUGAGUAGUGUCGGGCUGUCCGCUGCAGUCCAGAGAGGCUGCAGUCCAGAAGCCACAUGACCUGCCCAAAGUCACACAGCUGGUAAAUGGCAGGAGUGGAGCUAGAGCCCGGAUUUGUUCCCUCCUGCCUCCGUGUCCUUCCCACUCUCCAUGCCGUCUUCUCGGGACUUUGCAGGACUGGCAGACCUAGAGGAGGCAGCAUGGUGUGGAUAAAAAAAUGACUGGAGAAGACGAAUCUGGGCUUAUAUUUCGACUGUUCCACUUGAUGGUUGUAUAACCUUAAGUGAAUUUUUUCCAUAGAAAAAAUUCCAUAUGUGUACAUUAAAGAUAUAGUAGGGUCAUACAGACCUCACAGGAUAAUGAUUUUCUAAAGGCAGCAUGGAAGGUGAUAAUCACAUUUAGCCCAAAACCACAGCUUGAAUAGCCUUGGGCAAGGAGCCAUGUAGAAACCAACACGCAGUCUUUCGAUAAGCUAACCAGACAGCUGGGUUUUCUUGGUUGAACACUAGAUGAAAGAGUUGGCUUGUGUAUACAGGUGGUGCUGUAGAAGGACGCUGCUCACAGUCGGUGGGAGGGAUACUCGAGGGAACUGGGACCAGCCCAGGGACCAGCAGAGUCAUGGGCGUCAUCACGUCACCGCUGCUCACUCUGGAAGAGACACAUAGUGAAUGGGACUGGUGCACUGUUUAAAUCCUGGCCUUUCUUCCCUUUCCUGAUGUUUGUGUGCAGUUAACACGUGUGAGUUACACAUCAGUGUCAGCCCAGCACCAGCACUCCCUUGGCUGGGGGAUUCGGUGAGAUGAUGACUAGGGGCACUUAGCACCAGGCCUGGCACCGUGGGCACUCAGUAAAUAGGGUCUCUUGGAGGUUGCUGCUUCUAGUGACAACCCAGAGAUUCCUGGCAGUCUCAGCACAGGAAUGCCCGUGUCCAUUUUUUCCCUGUGUGAAGCCACCCUGAUGUUGGCUGGCUGCAUUGACUGCCCCUUGUGGGUAAGCUGCUGUUCAUAUGAAAGAGAGUAGGAGAAUAAUCCUCAGGUUUGUAUUUGAAAAUAACCUUUGGGACUUUCAAGUCGUUCCAGAAGAAAAUACCUGUUAUCUGUGACCCUGGGCUUCGGGCUGGUGGGAGUACCCACUGCCCGUGUUGCUGAAGGGCUCUCUCUGUAGAGGGUGCUGAUUUUGCUCAUUCACUGUCUCUUAUUAGACUGUAACUUCUGUGAAGGCAGAGACUGUCUGCCCCAGUUACCGCCGCUCUCCAGCUCACAGUACUGUGCAGGGGACAUAGCGGGAUUCUGCAGAUGGCAGGAACACAAAUGUGUUUAGAUUAGUGCAUGAUUAAGGGGCUGUGGUUAAAGAAGAGAUUUCAUGAAAGGUUAAUUUCUUUAGCGUGAUAUAAAUUAUGGAUCUUCAUAGCCCGUUAGGUUUUUAGUGUACCACCUUUACUGUUUUAAUAAAAGGCAGCAAAACUUCCGAGGGCCCUGCUAUUUAUCGGACACUGGGAUGGGCACUGUGGACACAGAAAUGAGUAGGAUUUAGUGCUGACCCUGGUAACACAACCUAACGGGGCUGUCAGGUGUAAGAACAUGAACUGCAGUUGUGUAGGAAACGCAUGUAUUCGAGGUAUGUGCCCUUUGCUUAGGGAAUGCAGGCUUGGGGAGGCGAUUCUUGGAGAGCAGGCAGGGGGAAGGGCAUGGUAAGAGCAUGUCAAGGAGGUCUUAACCGGUGAGACGACAUUGAGCUGAGAGGUGAAGGACAUGUAGGAAGUUGCCAGGUGGUCAUGAGUUGUGUCCCUAAGUAUGUAGAGGACUUUAGGACGGGCCUUUGUUUUUUCAUCGUCCUUGCCUUGUUUCUAGACAGUCCAGUCAGAUGGCCUAAAACCAAAGCACCAUCCUCCCUCCACUUAGCUCAGCUGGGUCAUUCCCACGUGGGCGCUGCUGAGAGCCUCUGAGCAGGCAUGGUUUACGUCAUCUGGAUUUGUCGGGAGUGACACAGAGAGCUCGUUUUCCCAGAUGACCGAGCGUGAGUGUUGUUGGGGUCUCGGCUGUGUGAAGGUCGCAGCCUCCGACGUCUCCAAGUGUAUUCAGUGUGCACCGCACUGCUGUGGCUGUGGGGCGGGGAGGUGUGAAAACGAGAGGUCAGCUCUGUCCCUUGCCCUCAGUGAGGCUGUAACCUCUCUGGGGACACACAUAUGUACACACAUCCCUGUGAUACAGCCUAGCAAGUGGCCAGUGUCACAGCGAUGGAAAUAAAGAGGAGAAAAGGAUUCCUUCUGGCCUGAGGAAGGUCAUGGUUCUUUCAUCUAGUUUGCCUAGGAAGGCCUGAUUAUAAUCCUUGCUCCGUGACACAGGGCUGUCAGUAGCUGAGUUGCUGUCCCCUGAGUGCUUCCUGUGUGUGCGAAGCACUGGGCCAGGCCCCUGAGGGCAGCCUGUGAUCUGGAGGGUAGGUGAUUGUCACAUAUGAUCUGGGUGACGACACAGAAAACACACGGGGGCGUGGGAGCUUGAGUCUGAGGACUGGAUCUUGGGAAAGUACAAUUUAAGCUGAGGCCGGGCAAGGAGAAGAAAGGGCAGAGGCUGUUCCCAAUGGAGACCCCAGCGUGUGGCCCGAUCAGAGGGCAGCGCCAUGCAGGAGCUGCAGCCUGUGCAGCUGAAACACCGUGACUGGCAGGAGCACGGUGAAGCAGCGAGGUCUGGGCAAGAGCCGUGGAAAGCACUUCCUCUCCCAGGACCCUCCUGAAGGACACACCGUAGAUGCAGGAAGACGUCGGGUGAGGACAGCCCAGCUGAAGGGAGGCGUCCAGGACGGAGCAUGGCUGUAGCCCUGGAAUCCCAGGCCCAGGUCUCUCCCCCACCAGAUCUGGAAGAACUCCUGAUUGUGAAAUUGGAGGAGGACGCUUGGAGAUCAGAAUCCAGACCUCAGGCGAAGGACCGAGACCCUGUCCCUGGCCCUGAGGUCUCCCGCCAGCGCUUCAGGCAGUUCCAGUACAGGGAUGCAUCCGGACCCCAUGAGGCCUUCAGCCAGCUCUGGGCGCUCUGCUGUCGCUGGCUGCGGCCAGAGAUCCGUCUCAAAGAGCAGAUCCUGGAGCUGCUGGUGCUGGAGCAGUUCCUGACUAUCUUACCCAGGGAGGCCCGGGCCUGGGUGCAGGCCCGCCACCCUGAGAGCGGCGAGGAGGCGGUGGCCCUGGUGGAGGAUUGGCACCGGGAGGCCCGGGCUGCAGGACAGCGGGAACUGAAAUUGUGUGGAGAAGAGGCCAGGUCCUUGAAGGCAAUGCCAGAACCUCGGGGCUUUCGGCCACAUUCAGUGGGUCACUGGCCUGAGAGACAGACCCGGAGGCAGUGGGAGAGGAGUCCGUGCCCUGGCCGCCCCAAGCAUCUAGACACCGAGAUGGCGCCCCCGGCCUUGAAAGAGAGUGCUGCCCUCACUCCCCGAGUCCCUACUCUCCCAAAGAUGGGGAGCACUGGAGGUUGGGAGGUGACAGCCGAGUCCCAGGAGACCUUGGGCCCUGGCAGACAUGCUGAGAAGGAGUUUCACAAGGACCCCCCUGGAGACAGCUGUGCAAACGGCGUGUCCCUGGGGGUUCUAGUUUCAAAACCAAAUGUCAUCUCCCAGCAAGAGCAAGGACUAGAAUUUCGGGGUCCAAGUCUUAAAAGUGCUGGAAAAAGGAACACUGCGGAUUGUGGCCUGGUUAGUGAGCGGAUAAAAGCAGCUCCAGCAUUGGCCUGGAGGGACUCGAAGGCCUGGGAAGAACAGUGCCAGUGGGACGUGGAGGACUCGAAGGUGUCAGGCGUGCACUGGGGCUACGAGGAGACCAAGACCUUCCUGGCAAUUUUGAGUGAGUCCCCUUUCUCGGAAAAGCUCCGGACUUGUCACCAGAACCGCCAGGUGUACCGGGCCAUUGCAGAGCGGCUGAGGGCACGGGGCUUCCUGCGGACACUGGAGCAGUGUCGCUACAGGGUCAAAAACCUCCUGCGGAAUUACCGGAAAGCCAAGAGCAGCCACCCACCGGGGACCUGCCCCUUCUACGAGGAGCUGGAGGCCCUGGUGAGGGCGCGGACAGCCAUCAGAGCCACAGACGGCCCAGGCAAGGCUGCGGCCCUCCCCAGGCUGGGGGAUAGUGAUGCAGAGAUGGAGGAGCAAGAGGAAGGGAGCUGGGAGCCAGAGGAAGCAGCAGAGGACUGUAACGGUGAUGACCUGGCCAUUGAUGAGUCCGUCCCGGGGCCCAGGGUUCCGGGGGGUCCGGCUCUGUUCCAGAGUCGUAUUGCAGGUGUGCACUGGGGCUACGAGGAAACCAAGGCCUUCCUGACCAUCCUCAGUGAGUCCCCAUUUCCCGAAAAGCUUCGCACCUGUCACCAGAACAGCCAGGUGUACCGGGCCAUUGCAGAGCGGCUGUGUGCACAGGGCUUCCUGCGGACACUGGAGCAGUGUCGCUACAGGUUCAAAAACCUCCUUCGAAGCUACCGGAAAGCCAAGAGCAGCCACCCACCGGGGACCUGCCCCUUCUAUGAGGAGCUGGACUCACUGGUGAGGGCACGGACUGCGGUCAGAGCCGUGGGAACCGUCAGGGAGGCAGCGGGCCUCCCUGCGUCUGGGCGGAGCAGUACAGAGGCUGCUGAUCUGGAGGCCUGGGGUGAGGUGGCAGGUGAAGAUGCCGGCAAACCUCCAACCCCGCGUCCGAGAACCCCAGACAUCGGUUUUGAGAUGAGGCAUGAGGACGACGACCAGAGUUCAGAGCAAGACAUUUUUGAGGAUUUGCCUGGUACGUUAUCAACACGUGCUACAGAGGUGGCCCGCCCCCCUGCCCGUUUGGGGGAGGACAGCGAGAGUGAAGACGGAGGGGAAGAGCAGUCGGGAAGUCAGCCACGGGACCAGCAGGAAGAGGGUUCCUCUGAAGAUGACUUAGAAAGGCUUAUUGACCACCAAGGCCUGUACCUUGCAGAGAAACCCCACCAGUGCAACCCACGCAUGAGGUGCUGCAGUCAGCCCACCCCCUUCAUCGCCCGCCAGCGGACACAUGUAGGCGAGGGGCCCUGCCAGUGCCUCCAGUGUGAGAAGGGCUUCAGGGACCCCUCUGACCUCCACACCCACCAGACAAUUCACGCUGGAGAGAAGCCCUACAGAUGCCUCGGGAGUGGGAAGAGCUGCAGUGACCCCUCCAGUCUUGCAGCUCAGCAGACAGUCCACACAGGGGGAGACCCCUGUGUGUGUGGGGCGUGCUGGGAAAGCUUUGGCUGGAGCACAGACCUUCUGCAACGUCAGAGAGCCCACGUGGGCGGAAGUCCUCACUGCCCUAGUGAGCCUGGUGAGAACUUCUGCCGGAGUAGGCCCUUUGGCGCUCCCUGGAGGAACCUGGCGGAGGAGACAGCCCCGGAACAACCUCCAAGUGCCAGGAAGAACUUGAACUCCCCUGCACUGCGCAGCGCCAACUCAGGGGAGAAACUCUAUCAGUGUUGUGAAUGCGGAAGAACCUUCUCCAAGAGCUCUGCCCUCAUCAGUCACCAAAGGAUCCACACGGGGGAGAGACCAUAUGAGUGUGCGGAGUGUGGGAAAAGCUUCAGCAAGAGCUCCACGUUGGCCAACCACCAGCGAACCCACACCGGGGAGAAGCCCUACCAGUGCUCGGACUGCGGCAAGUGCUUCGGCGAGCGCUCUAAGCUCAUCACGCACCAGAGAGUGCACACGGGGGAGAAGCCCUACAAGUGCCUCGAGUGUGGGAAGUUCUUCCGUGACCGUUCCAAUCUCAUUACUCACCAGAGGAUUCACACGGGGGAGAAGCCUUACAGGUGCAGAGAGUGCGGGAAAUGCUUCAACCAGAGCUCCAGUCUUAUUAUCCACCAGAGGAUCCACACCGGGGAGAAGCCCUACAAGUGUCUGGAGUGCGGCAAAGACUUCAACAACAGCUCGCACUUCAGUGCCCACCGGAGAACCCACACAGGGGGGAAGGUGGCGUAGGAGACAGCGCCCCCCAUGGCAGAGGAGAGAAAUGUGUACUUGAAUCUCCCAAGGUUUUGAGAUGUAGGGUAGAAAGAGACAUGCCCAGUUCCUAAGCUUUGUGUGUACCCAGGGGCGUUACCUUGGUAUGAGCCAGGUUAUUCGGAAGUGAAUUACAAAUGCUAAGGAUCCAGACUUGAAGGCACUUUUCUUAAGUGUGAUUUGUUUUUCUCCUGUUAAAAAUCUACACUCAGUCCUCA